AAAAUUAAAAUCCUAAGGGAUUGCUUUAUUGACCUAAUAGUCGAGAUAGUUAUUUCCAUAACCAAUUUUGAGUAGGAAUUGUAGGCUUUUCUUGGACGCACUCCCACUCUAUGAAUAAAGAUUCUUUCUUUGUUCUUAAUUACCCUUAAUAAUAUUGAGAGUGCUAAUAUUGUGUUCCUGAACUCCAUCCGACGAGUUUUUGGGGGCAAAAGCUGCAGUCUUUAAAAACCAUAAUCAUCAACAAGAAUUCCCGUUUUCUCAAAUCUUCAAAUUUUCCUUUGAACGCACUUCAUAGUCAUGGCAGGCUCGGGUUCUAAGUUUGAUGCUCGUCAAUUCGAUGCGAAGAUGACAGAGCUGAUUGGUACUGAAAAAGAGGAAUUCGUCACGUCCUAUGAUGAGGUUGACGAGAGUUUUGAUGCCAUGGGUUCGCCAAAAGACCUUUUGAGGGGCAUCUAUGCUUAUGGUUUUGGGAAGCCAUAUGCUAUUCAGCAAAGGGGCAGUGUUCCCUUUACCAAGGGCCUUGACGUUAUCCAGCAGGCACAAUCAGGAACUGGAAAGAUGGCAACUUUCUGCUCUGGAAAGAAGGGGGGAAUUGGCAGCAACUCAACAAUUUCAAGCUUGAUUGAGGCCCAAGAAAAGGCAGCAGCAGAGAUUCACAGGUUGCAGGCUGAAAAUGCCAUAUUGAAAAUUGAACUGAAGCAGCUUGCAGGGAAAGCAAGGGAAACAGGUCCCAGUGGUCCUUUGGAGGAGGCCAAUUCUCAGCUACAGGCUGAAAAUGACCAGCUGAAGCAAAAGGUGGAGGAACUAAAGGAACAACUGAUCCAUGAUCAGAGGACUGCAAAUGAGAGGAUGGACAAGCUCCUUAAAGCUCUGGCUCCUUAAGCUCUUCCCUAUUAAGCCCUUCAUCUCCUUAAUCCCCAUGUCCUUAAGCCUUCUCAAUCCCUUUGAAUUUCUGCCCUUUUGACUCUUGUCUCUUAAUGACGUUGGUACUUUUGGUUGUUUGAUUAUUACAUUAUGUACUGUUUAAACUACUAAGUUAUUUUGAUGUGAUCAACGUUGGGCAUCUUCUCUGUGGUUUGCAAUGUUAUAUAACUUGUUUGUCUCUAUUAUUACUUAUGAUGUGUUGCCCAGUGGCCA